CCGUGCUCCCCGCGGGCUGGGUCGCUGCGCCCUAGACUUGCGCCUAACUUUCCCACCGCGGUCCCGGGAGGAGACCGCCGGCCUCCUGGUCCCGGGGAGGAGUGGAGGAGGGCGGGUCCGCGAGCGCAGUCCCCUCCCCGGCCCUCCCCGGCCUUCCCCGGGCUUUAAGCCAGCGCUGGCCGGGACGGGGCAGUCCCCGGUGCCCCGCGCCGGCGAUCGCGCGGAUGGCAGCGCUUGCGGCGCUGGCCAAGAAGGUAUGGAGCGCGCGGCGCCUGCUGGUGUUGCUGCUGGCGCCGCUGGCUCUGCUGCCGGUGGUCUUCACCCUGCCGCCCAAGGAAGGGCGCUGCCUGUUCAUCAUCCUGCUCAUGGCUGUGUACUGGUGCACAGAGGCCCUGCCCCUGUCCGUGACAGCGCUGCUGCCCACCGUCCUCUUCCCUUUCACGGGCAUCCUGCCCUCCCACAAAGUCUGCCCCCAGUACUUCCUCGACACCAACUUCCUCUUCCUCAGCGGUCUGAUCAUGGCCUGUGCCAUUGAGGAGUGGAACCUGCACCGCAGGAUCGCCCUCAAGGUCCUGAUGCUCGUUGGGGUCCAGCCGGCCAGGCUUAUCCUGGGGAUGAUGGUGACCACCUCAUUCUUGUCCAUGUGGCUGAGCAACACUGCCUCCACCGCCAUGAUGCUGCCCAUUGCCAGUGCCAUUCUGAAGAGCCUCUUCGGCCAGAAGGAGCCUCGGAAGGACCUUAGCAGGGAGAGUGAAGAGAACAGAGGCGCCGUGCGGGGGAACGGGCUGCACACCGCGCCCACAGAGACUCAGUUUCUGGCCAGCACACACGCAGAGGGCAGAGGCCACCCUGAGGAGGCGGAGGUGCCGUUGGAUCUGCUUGCUGACUCCAAGAAGGAGGAGGAAUACCACAGGAACGUCUGGAAGGGCUUCCUCAUCUCCAUCCCCUACUCGGCCAGCAUCGGGGGCACCGCCACCCUCACAGGCACCGCUCCCAACCUCAUCCUGCUGGGCCAGCUCAAGAGUUUCUUUCCGCAGUGUGACGUGGUAAACUUCGGCUCCUGGUUCAUCUUCGCCUUCCCCCUCAUGCUGCUGUUCCUGCUGGUGGGCUGGCUCUGGAUCUCCUUCCUCUACGGGGGGCUGAGCUGCAGGGGCUGGAGAAAGAAGAAAUCAGAAAUCAGAGGGGAUGCAGAAGACAAGGCUCGAGUUAUGAUUCGGGAAGAAUUCCAGAGCUUGGGGCCCAUCAGCUUUGCCGAGCGGGCCGUUUUCACCCUGUUCUGCAUGUUUGCCAUCCUCCUCUUCACCCGGGACCCCAAGUUCAUCCCUGGCUGGGCCAGCCUCUUCAAGCCCGGGUUUAUUUCUGAUGCUGUCACAGGCAUGGCCAUUGUCAUCAUCUUGUUCUUCUUCCCAUCCCAAAGGCCUUCUCUCAAGUGGUGGCUUGACUUCAAAGCACAUGGAAUUUGCCAGCAUGACCUAUUUGUUUCUUACCUGCCUGCCCUACUGGAGCGUCAGCUGACCAGGGAGGGAGUUGCCUCGUGCUGCCCUGCUGUGCUCCCAGUGUCCGGGGAGUGCUGGGCACAAGCUCCCAAUGUGGAGACCAAGCCCCUGCUGACCUGGCAGAAGGCUCAGGAGUCAGUGCCCUGGAACAUCAUCCUUCUCCUGGGAGGCGGCUUCGCCAUGGCCAAAGGCUGUGAGGAGUCAGGGCUCUCGGUGUGGAUUGGGGGGCAGCUGCACCCGCUGGAGAACGUGCCCCCGGUCCUGGCGGUUCUUCUCAUCACCAUCGUCAUCGCCUUCUUCACGGAGUUUGCCAGCAACACCGCCACCAUCAUCAUCUUCCUGCCUGUCCUCGCGGAGCUGGCCGUCCGCCUGAGGGUGCACCCGCUGUAUCUGAUGAUCCCGGGCACAGUCGGCUGCUCCUACGCCUUCAUGCUGCCGGUCUCUACACCCCCUAACUCCAUCGCCUUCGCUUCUGGAGACUUGCUGGUCAAAGAUAUGGUACGGACCGGCUUCCUGAUGAACGUGAUGGGUGUCCUGCUGCUCAGCCUGGCCAUGAACACCUGGGCGCAGAGCAUCUUUCAGCUGGGCACCUUUCCAGACUGGGCCAGCAGCCACUCAACCAAUGUCACAGCACUGCCAUUCACCUUGACGAACACCACGCUUCACAACCUCUGACACGCGCACACCCCCAGGGGUUCCCUGUGGGCUGGGCGGAUAUCCAGUAGCACAAUACCUGCUGCUAGGACCCUACAGGAUGAUCGAGAAAUUCCUUUCUGUAAUCCAAUAUGCAGCAAGCGUUGAGACCUCCAGGUCCACUCAGGCCCAUAGGCUCUCUGUCCAGGACACCUUCCCUUUUUCUCUCAUGCCAUUCAAGGCCCAGUUCUCUCCCAGAUCUGCUGCCUCAUCAAGCUCCUCUCCAUGACCUGUCCCGUGGUUAGGGGUCAGACUGUCCAAUCUAACUGCACCUAGCAAGCCCCGGAUGUGCGUUUGUCUUGUACACUUGGGAUAGGAAGCCAUGUCCACCCGCACAGGUGCAGUAACUUUCUUCCUGAUGGACCAUUUUAGGUCUCUCUGGAGAGACCAUCUUGCCUCUAAGGACCACUUUGCCUUAGAGACUUGAGGGCUGGAACGUUCCAGAACAGAUGUUGAAGCUGUCCCAGCUUGGGUGGGCUGUGCUUGGCUGGUGUCUGCUCUGCACCAGCUGUUUGGUUAUCAUCCCUGUGGAUACCCAGCAGCAGGGCUUGCUCCCAACCCCGAGAGACAGAGGGAGGGACGGGCGAUUUCCUGAGGACGUGGGGACUGCAGAGCCACUGUGCUGAUCUCUGGGCUCCCAAGCACACUAGGGCAGUUUGAGGAUCGCCUGCUGACAUCUCUACCCCAGACCUUCAGGGUUCUCCUCUUUCAUCUGACUCAGCUUGUCCAUAAUUCUGAGGUCAGGCCAAUUCUGGGCCUGGUCCUUUCACAGGUAACCCAAGGCUCCUCCAGCCAGGACCUCCUGCAUGGGCCCUUGGGGCAUCUGUGGCUGUGAGUCACCUCCUGUUUUUCUUGUCCUGGCAGCUGGUCCCCAUCUUGCCCCAAUGAUAGGCAGGUCUAAUUUACAAAGGUCUCAUUUUCAGGACUGAAAGAAAACUGAAAAGAUAAACUGAGCCUCAUAGAAACCCACAGUAAAAUGUCUCUGGCAGGCAACAUACUGUAAUCCCCUUGCAGAGAUGGGGACGCUGAGACAUUCCUGCCAGCAUGGCUGGAGGUGGAGAGGUCCUGGUGGACUCCAGCACUCCCAGUUUUCAGCAGAGGUGACCUGCAGCCCCGCACGUGCGCAGUAGGGGACAUGGACACUCAGGAAGCUUCUGCUAGAGGGGUCCAGGCAGCUCAGUGUCAGAAAAGACCAGCAAGGCCCCACUUUCCCGUCCUGCACCCUAGAGACCUAGGUUCUCUGAGGAGCAUUCAGUUCUCACCCUGCAUCAGUGAGUCAGGGUGUCUCCCUGGGAGCAGGCUGAGGCCCUGAGCUGGAGACAAGCCUCCCCUCCUUUCCAGGGGGAGCAGCCAGUAUUUAAUCACAGUCUCAGCCCAUCUGAGUUGGUGGGGGGAGUGUCUCAGCCCCCCUGUGGGGCAGGGGGAGAGGGUCAUGUGAAAAGAAACUCCAGGACUUGUGAGCAAAGGGUUCAUGAUUCAAAUACUUAUGAUCAAAAAUGCUAUGGAAUAAAGAAUGUUAAUCAAAACCGGAA